CUCCGUAGUUCUCAAAUGAGGGUAGCUGUCAGGUUACCAUGCAACCUGAUAGAGCAUAGACUAUAUCAUUUGUCUUUCCGCGUGAUAUACAUGUCAUUAGACACGCUAACUUCACCGUAUUUAUUUACCUGCUGUGUUUAGUCAAGUUUGUGGCGCACUUUAAACCUUUUUCAUCGAAUAAAUUAGACCAAGCAUUGUAGGCUAGUCUGCUUCAGUUAGCUAACCGACGACAACGUUGUUAUAAAAAAAAGAAGCUAAACUCUGUUAGUUUGCUGGGUUAAAGUGAGGUGGCGCUGCUGACAGUCAGUUUGUGGGACAUUAAAAACAGCGACCUUUCACAAUGAAUGUCGCUAAAAGUGGUUAUCGUGUGUUUUCCGCGAACUCCUCCGCUGCUUGCACAGAGUUGGCUAAGAAGAUAACAGAGAGGUUGGGUGUUGAACUGGGAAAGUCUGUAGUCUUUCAAGAAUCUAACAGAGAGACAAGAGUAGAUGUCAAAGAAUCUGUUCGUGGGCAGACCAUCUUCAUUAUUCAAACCAUCCCAAGAGAUGUCAACACAGCCAUCAUGGAGCUCCUUAUCAUGGCUUACGCUCUUAAGACUUCCUGCGCAAAGAACAUUAUAGGAGUGAUUCCUUACUUCCCCUACAGCAAGCAGUGCAAAAUGAGGAAGAGAGGCUCCAUAGUGUGCAAACUGUUAGCUUCAAUGUUGGCAAAAGCAGGAUUGACACACAUCAUUACCAUGGACUUGCAUCAGAAGGAGAUCCAGGGCUUUUUCAGCUUUCCAGUGGAUAAUCUGCGUGCCUCCCCGUUCCUGAUUCAGUACAUACAAGAGGAGAUUCCUGAUUACAGAAAUGCCAUAAUUGUGGCAAAGUCCCCUGCUGCAGCUAAAAGGGCUCAGUCCUACGCAGAACGUCUCCGUUUGGGGUUGGCUGUGAUCCACGGCGAGGCCCAGUGUGCAGAGUCGGACAUGGCUGACGGAAGACACUCCCCACCCUGUGUGCGGAACACCACAGGGCACACAGGCCUGGAGUUGCCCUCAGGCAAACAACAAGCUCCGUUCCCUGGCAUAGAGCUUCCAAUAAUGAUGGCCAAGGAGAAACCUCCGAUUACUGUAGUUGGAGAUGUUGGUGGAAGGAUCGCCAUAAUAGUGGAUGACAUUAUAGAUGAUGUAGGAGACUUUGUUGCUGCUGCAGAGAUCCUGAAAGAGAGAGGGGCCUAUAAGAUCUACAUCAUGGCCACCCACGGGUUACUUUCUGCAGACGCUCCUCGUCUCAUUGAGGAAUCAGCCAUUGAUGUGGUUGUUGUGACAAACACGGUUCCCCACGAGGUCCAGAAGCUCCAAUGUCCAAAAAUCAAAACUGUGGACGUCAGCAUGAUAUUAGCGGAGGCCAUCCGCCGCAUCCACAACGGGGAGUCAAUGGCCUACUUAUUUCGUAAUAUAACCGUGGACGACUAAGGAGUGUCAAUGUUGGAUGCCUCUGCACCUAUAUUAUAGGCCCUAUACUAGCAAAAUGCUGUUCCAUGUGUUUUUGAUUGACAUGCGUUUGUCACCCAAUUAAUUUGUCCUCUUUCUAAAAACUAUUAAAAUUAGUAUUUUGUUCCAUUUCUGAAAGCAUUUGUCGACUCUUGAGAAAACCUUUCAUGUUCUUCCCAACAAGUCUGACGUUUAUUAAAAGGUGACGUUGUAAUUCGAUGGUGGGCUGCUGUUGCAGACAGUUAUUAAACAUCGUGUAUAGUUCAAUUUCAUGAGAGAAGUGAUCACAAGAUGUUGUGAAAGUGAAGACAGUAUGGGUUUCAUCGUUCAACAGAAGAGCUUUAAACCUGUUUCAAUCGUCUGUGUAAAUCAACCAGUGCCAAAUCUGAGAAGCCAUAGAAUGAGGAAGUAAAUGCAUGUGAGAGACGGAUGCUGCUUCGAUAUCCUGGGGUUGAUUGUGUUAAACCUGACAAAGAUCAGUGUUUGCCCACUGAUAAAUCUGUCUAUGGGAGAAAAAAAA